AAAGAAGAACCUACAAUAUUUGUGCAACCACUAAUUAAUGAAGAUAGUAAUCAGUUAUGCGGCAUAUUUUGGAUGACAGCAAACCAAAUCUUAUUGUGUGAAGAUAAAUCACGUCUUGGUGCACAGCCUUUUUAA